AUGAGAGAUGAUAAAGAGAUGAACGUACAAAUCAACGAAUUUCAAAAAUUGUUAGAAGACUUGAAGGCCGAAGGGAUGUCUUUACCAAAGAAGUUUGCUGCUGGAGUGCUAAUUGAGAAGUUGUCUGACUCAUGGAGUGACUACAAAAAUAACUUAAAGCACAAACAAAAAAAUUUCACCAUUGAGGAAAUUGUGACCCACAUCCUAAUUGAAGAUUCCAACAGAAAAGAAUCUGCCAAAGCUAGGAUGACAGCUCUUAAAGCAAACUUAGUGCAAAGCAGCAACAACAACCGCAAAAGGUACAGAGCAGGAAAUGACAAAGGAAAAACUGAUACUCCUAAGGCUAACUUAGCCGAAGGAGGUGAUAUUAUUGCAGCUGUCAUUUCUCAAGUAAAUAUUGUAGCACAUGCAAAAGAAUGGGUGAUAGACUCUGGGGCUACUCGGCACAUUUGUGCAAAUCGAGAAUCAUUUUCCUCUUAUACUCCUGUAGAGGAUGAUAGAGAAGAGGUCUACCUUGGAGACUCAAGUACUACCAAAGUCUUGGGUAUGGGUAAAGUUCUCCUGAAACUCACUUCGGGAAAAACUUUAGCCCUUGUUGAUGCACUGCAUGUUCCUACUAUGAGGGCAAACUUGAUCUCUGUAUCCUUAUUGGGAAGAGCCAGAGUGAAAGUGUCAUUUGAAUCUGAUAAGAUCAUAAUAACCAAAAAUAAUGUGUUUGUGGGAAAGGGCUAUUCUUCAAUCCGUAAGCUUUUUAUCCACCUAAUGGAUGUGAAAACUUCUUUUCUAAAUGGUGAUUUAGAAGAAGAGAUUUAUAUGGCUCAACCUGAAGGUUGUGUCAUUCCUGGACAAAGUUUGUAA